AUGAGAGAUUCUGAAGCAUCGAUCCUCCAGCAAUCUUUCUCACAGACGGUAUACGAACUACCUGAUCAACAUGUGACGCGGGAAAUUGUGGCCGCCUUCUUCAAUUCCUCAUUCAGAUUGGCCUUCCCAGUGCUGGACGAGAUUUUGUUUCAGACAACCAUGGAGACCGCAUACGAGCCUUUGGAAGGGACACUGUUCUCAUCUAUACAGAUUUCAGCCAGGGCGUGUGUUUUGGGCAUGUUGGCCGUUGCGCCUCGCCUAGGCCUUUCGAGGCAGAUAAUAGCCUCCGUAGAUGCGGAUUUGUGCGCGGCCAGGGCACAUUGUCUCUUACUUCGUAUCUCCGACGAUGUCAGCUUGUCAACACUACAAGCGGCAGUCAUGUUGCUGAUACAGCGCGCAUGUUACUCCGACUGGCAAGGCGCGACCUUCUUCCAAUCGAUUGCGUGUCGCAUUGUCUGCGCUCUGCGCGGGCAUCUGUGCCAUACAUCGACAGUCUCCGGGCUCGACAGUGAUCGCUCAGAACGAGAAGUCCACCACAUUCGAAUGCUAUUUUGGCUAUGCUACAUAAUCGAUAAGGAUAUCUCACUUUUCACGGGCAACCCUCCUCUUCUCGCCGAGUUCUCUUGUGACUUGACUCUGCAUAAUAACUACUACGACCAUCAUACCUAUUUGUCAAGUAUGGCCUGCUCCUCGGCAAGUAACGAAGGCAGUCCUCAACAUACCAACCCCUAUCUUCCUAGAGAUCCUCAUCUCAGCCAUUUGAAAGAGAAGGUCUACAGACAACUUCUAUCUGCUCGAACGAUGCAUGAUAAUGACAAUCAGCUUCUCCUGAAUAUCCGACAGUUGGACGAUGAGAUCGAGCACUGGCGACGAUCGAUCCCUAUCGAGUUCCGUCCUGCACUCUUCGUCUCGAAGAACUCGUUACAAAACAUAUCCAAUGAAGCCAUCCAAUAUACGGUCCGACGUAUGACCUUGCAAUUAGACUAUCAUCACCUGAUGAUAGUCAUUCAUACAACAGUCAGGAAAUGCACAGCGAAAAGCAGUACCGAGGUGCCAGAUCUACAUAGCGUGGUUCAUUCGAGCUUCGACCUGUCUCUGGUGGCUAGUCGCUCAACACUAUGGUGUUUAAAAACUCUCGUUGGCUUGAUUGCCGAAGAUGCAUUUAGGUUUAUCACGUUCUAUUCGACCGCCGCUACGUUGUCACUCUUCCUCAACACUGUGAUUCAUCCCCUUAAUACACAAUCGCGGAUCGACUUGGAACUUCUUAUAUCAUUUGGCAACAUAAUCUGUAACAUGCCCGCGCAAGCCUUGACAAAAAUGGAAAAGUCCCAUAUACGAGAAAUAAGCAAGUUUGUCAUGAGGCUGGUGUGGCUGGGGACAAGUGCAGUGACAAAGGCAGACAAAGAGGCCAAUUAG